AUGGAGCACCGGAACCAGCACAAAGAGGAGGAAGCAGGAUUACAGCUGUCAAUGGCAGCAAGCUCGGCUUGGAGUGUAUUACAGUUGGGAGGUUCUGAGCUGGAUGCAGUUGAAAAAGGCUGUGGUCAGUGUGAGAAUGACCAGUGUGAUGGGAGUGUGGGAUAUGGAGGAAGCCCAGAUGAAAGUGGAGAAACAACACUGGAUGCCAUGAUUAUGGAUGGCAACACCAUGGAAGUUGGGGCAGUUGCGGAUCUCAGGCAUGUAAAAAACGCAAUUGGUGUCGCGCGAAAGGUCAUUGAAUACACUAAACAUACGUUAUUAGUGGGAGAGUCAGCCUCCUUGUUUGCUGUAAGAAUGGGGUUUCCAUACGAAGAUUUAACUACCCAAAAAUCUCUUUCCAUGUAUUCGAAGUGGCUUAAUCAAAGCUGUCAGCCAAACUACUGGAAGAAUGUGAUACCAGACUCUUCAGAAUCCUGUGGACCAUACAAACGGCCUGAAAAAGUAACUUACAGAGAAGAGCAGACCAUCUCACAAAGAAGCAUUCAUAAUCAUGAUACUAUUGGUAUGGUUGUAAUUGGUGAGAGUGGAACUGUUGCUUCUGGGACAUCUACUAAUGGUGCCAUCCACAAAAUUCCAGGCCGUGUAGGAGAUUCUCCCAUAGCUGGAGCAGGAUCCUAUGCGGAUAGUACAGCUGGAGGAGCUGCAGCCACUGGGGAUGGUGACAUCAUGAUGCGCUUCUUACCCAGUUACCAGGCUGUGGAGUAUAUGAGGAUGGGAACAGACCCAACAGUUGCCUGUCAGAAAGUUAUUUCCAGAAUCCAGAAGUAUGCUCCGAAGUUCUUUGGCGCGGUUAUAUGUGCCAAUACAACUGGAAGUUAUGGUGCUGCAUGUAAUAAAAUUCCAGGAUUCACUCAGUUUCACUUCAUGGUUUCUAGCCCAUUGCUAAGUCAGCCAACUGAGCAAGUAGUAGAUUGCAUUUAAUUUCUUUUGUCCUAUUAACAUCUAAACUUCGAGGAGUAAAGUGCUAAGGUUCUCCGGGUGUUACUCUUUAAAAUGGUCAUUCAUUUUCACCGUUGCAUAAUCAUGUGAACGAGUAUAAAAGUAUG